UGAUACAUUAUUAAGGGGGAAAACAAUAUUGGCAGCGGAUAAAACUUUCAUUUGUAUUUUUAAAUGAUAUUGCGUAAAAAACGUCUAAAAAGCACACUUCAGUUUGUAUUUGGGAUGAAAUGAGCUAAAAAUGAUGCAAAUUAACUGAAACUAACAUACUACUAAAGCUCUUAAAAGGACUCAACGAUUUACUCAAGGAGGGGAAUUAUACAGGUACUUAAGGGGACGAUUAAAUGAUGCCCCAAUGCAUAGUUGUGUAGAUGUUAGUGGCAUCAGCAGUAAGACUAGUUUGUAUUACCUCUAAGUUCCCAUUAAACAGAGGACUUUAUAAUUAUUUAAAACAAGGUUUUAAUUUUGCAGUAUUUAACAAUUUUUCAUCAGUAAAACAUGUUUGGUGUUGUGAUUUUUCUCCUGAUGGUAAUUCACCUCAGUCAGCUGAAUUCACUGAUGUUCAGUGAUAUGUUGGAUACAAGUCAAAAUUACAUAACGCAACUUAGUGCCAAAGAUGACUGUGGAAAGCCUCUCCAUUUAACUCCAUUAAUUGAAAGCGGGAAAAUAUCUGAAGCUCAAAAUAUUUCAAGAGUGACUGACUUGGAGCACAACAUUAAAAGUCAUGCAGGUUUCUUGACAGUUAACAAACGUUUUAAGACGAACUUGUUUUUUUGGUUUUUCAAAGCAAAAUCUAACGAUUGGGAAAAUUCACCGUUGUUAUUGUGGUUACAAGGUGGACCUGGUAUGACCUCAUUGUACGGCUUAUUUAUGGAAAACGGACCUUUUGAAAUUAAACGCGAGUCUGCUGAUGACUUUUCACUACUUAAUCGUAAAUAUGCUUGGACAAAUGAGUACAAUGUUGUUUAUAUUGAUAACCCAGCAGGAGUGGGUUAUAGUCACACUGGCUCAGAGAAAGGCUAUGCCACUAAUCAAAAGCAAGUGGCAAACAAUUUGUAUAAAGCCUUAGUCCAACUUUUUAAACUAUUCCCAAGCAUACACAGUAACAAGUUUUUUCUGACAGGGGAAUCUUAUGCAGGCAAGUACAUACCAGCAUUAGGAUAUAAAAUUCAUUCUGCUAACAAAAAAUCAAAAUUUCGAAUAAACUUGACAGGACUUUUCGUUGGAAAUGCAUUUUUUAGCCCUGGCGACCAGAUGAUCUAUGGAGACUACUUAAAAAUGAUUGGCCUUCUUGAUGAGAAUCAACAACACAUAUUCAAUACAUAUCAAGCAGACGUAAAAAAAUUAAUAGAUAAAAAAGACUGGUUAAAUGCAACCUUUAAAUUUUCAGAACUGUUCUUUAGAAGUAUUUACGGGUAUCCAACUUUAUUUAAUAACUAUACAGGUUUAUCACAACAUUAUAAUUAUAUUUCUGAUUCCCCUGCAGAAAGUGGAGAAAAUUAUAGAAACUUCAUGGCAUUUUUGACAAAAGCUUCAACCCGUAAGAUGAUUCACGUGGGAAAUACUCCCUGGGGGGAAUACAACACAGUUGCAUGGCAUCUUAGGGCUGACAUAAUGAAAUCAGUUAGCACAUGGCUAGAGGUAUUACUGGACCAUUACGAUGUUUUAUUCUAUAACGGUCAAUUAGAUGUAAUUUGUGCUUAUCCAGGAACAGUCAACGCAUUUAAACAGCUCCAGUGGUCUGGGACCCAGGAGUACAGACAAGCAGAUAGCAAAAAGUGGUACAUCGAGAACAAACUUGCAGGGUAUUACAAAAAAGCAGGGAGAUUUAUCGAUAUAAUGGUGCGGAACACGGGACAUAUGGUCCCUAGGGAUAACCCUUUAUGGGCUUACACUUUACUAAAUCAGUUUGUAUCAAAAAGUUUGUAGCAUGUACCUCGGUUUAGAGGAAAUCUCACUAUGUAAAUAUAUUUUUGUAAUGAUUUGA